GGCCCCUUGAGGAAACUUCGGCAGUGGAAAGUAAGCUACGUAAAAAAUAAAAAGGGGGAGGAUCUGCUAAGGCGGCGUGUCACCUCGGACAAUGGCUCAGCUAGCUUACGCUGCUGCUGCUAACGCUACUGGCCCUACUGUGUGGAAGGGUGCUGAGUACGUGAAAGGUGAAUGCUUUGAAGACGGUGCUCCGACCCGAUGUGAGCCAGUUAGAAUGUCGUUUUCUUUCUUUCAACAAGCA